GGAGGCGGCCCCGGGGUGUGGGCUGGAGAGUUUGUGGAAAGUUCUGAGGCGAGCAGGAGGAAGUGGGCGUCGAGGCGUCCCAGGGGUCGCCGGGCGCCUCCGCGGAGCCCCGGGGGCGAGCCGUAGGGUCCGAGCGGGCGGGCGGGCGGCCGCAUGAGGGCCGGGAGCUGCACCUGCGGCGGGAGCUGAGCGGCCCUUCCGCCCGGCGAGGGGGGCGAGGUGGCCGCGGCUGCUCCCCGGGCCAUGAGGAUCCGGAUGGCCGUGAGGUGGACCUGGGCCGGCAAGAGCUGCCUGCUGCUGGCGCUGCUCACGGCGGCCUACCUGCUCGUGGAGCUCUCGGUGUCGGUGUCGCAGUCGUCGCCGGGCGCCGGCGGGGCCGCCGAGGGGCAGGCGGCCCGACGGCCGGCGGCUGGGAGGGACGGCGGCCGGGAGGAGGAUCUGUCCCGGCCGCUGUACGAGAAGCCCCCCGCCGACCCGCAGGCGCUGGGCGAGUGGGGCCGGGCCGGCAGGCUGCAGCUGAGCGAGGGAGAACGGAAGCAGCAAGAAGAACUCAUCGAGAGAUACGCCAUCAAUAUUUACCUCAGUGACAGGAUCUCCCUGCACCGCCACAUCGAGGAUAAACGCAUGUACGAGUGUAAAUCCAAGAAGUUCGACUACAGGAGCCUUCCCACCACCUCGGUCAUCAUCGCCUUCUACAACGAAGCCUGGUCCACCUUGCUCCGCACCAUCCACAGUGUUCUCGAAACUUCGCCCGCAGUCCUCCUGAAGGAGAUCAUCCUGGUGGACGACUUGAGCGACAGAGUUUAUCUGAAGGCACAGCUGGAAUCGUACGUCAGCAAUCUGGAGAGAGUGCGCCUGAUUAGGACCAGAAAGCGCGAGGGGCUGGUGAGGGCCCGCCUCAUCGGGGCCACCUUUGCCACGGGCGACGUCCUCACCUUCCUGGACUGCCACUGUGAGUGUAAUUCCGGGUGGCUGGAGCCCCUCUUGGAAAGGAUCGGGGAAGAUGAGACGGCCAUUGUCUGCCCUGUGAUCGACACCAUUGAUUGGAAUACGUUUGAAUUCUAUAUGCAGACGGGCGAGCCCAUGAUCGGUGGCUUUGACUGGCGCCUGACGUUCCAGUGGCAGUCUGUCCCCAAACAGGAGAGGGAGAGGCGCAGGUCGAGAACUGACCCCAUCCGGUCUCCCACCAUGGCCGGGGGGCUGUUUGCUGUGAGCAAGAAGUAUUUCCAGUACCUAGGAACCUACGACACUGGAAUGGAGGUGUGGGGCGGUGAGAACCUGGAGCUGUCUUUCAGGGUGUGGCAGUGCGGUGGGAAACUGGAGAUCCACCCGUGUUCUCACGUGGGCCACGUGUUCCCCAAGCGGGCACCUUACGCCCGCCCCAACUUCCUGCAGAACACGGCUCGGGCAGCCGAAGUGUGGAUGGACGGGUACAAGGAGCACUUCUACAACCGAAACCCUCCGGCCAGAAAGGAAGAUUACGGGGACAUCUCCGACCGAAAAUUACUCCGGGAGCGCCUGAAAUGCAAGAGCUUCGACUGGUAUCUGAAGAACGUGUUUUCCAAUUUACACGUUCCGGAGGACCGGCCCGGCUGGCACGGGGCUAUCCGUAGCAAGGGCAUCUCUUCGGAGUGCCUAGAUUACAAUUCCCCGGAUAACAAUCCCACGGGGGCUAACCUUUCGCUCUUUGGGUGCCAUGGCCAAGGAGGGAACCAAUUCUUCGAAUACACUUCGAACAAAGAGAUAAGGUUUAAUUCUGUGACGGAGUUGUGUGCGGUGGUUCCUGAGAAAAAAGAUAACGUAGGAAUGCAAAAUUGCCCAAAAGAUGGGUUCCCUAUUCCAAAAAACAUUAUUUGGCAUUUUCAAGAAGACGGGACCAUUUUCCACCCACACUCGGGCCUGUGCCUGAGUGCGUACCGGACACCCGAGGGCCGCCCUGACGUGCGCAUGAGAGCUUGCGAUGCUUUAGAUCCAAAUCAGCUCUGGAGCUUUGAGAAAUAAAGGAGUCCAACAGCACUUUCCCUUGUGAGCUGAGCAUGGCUUCCGGAAAGCCGGGGAGCGUUGAGAGCCUUAGUGAAGAUUGUCUUUUAUCCAAAGUCACCCAGUGGCCAUCUGGAGAGCGCCGUGUAGCUGUGGUGUGUUUUGGUGUAUGCCACUGAAACCCUUGCAUAGAGUGCUGCUGUUUAAUAUUUCAAAGUGCCUUAUGGGGGUGUUCUAUUUAGGCGUUUUGUUAGUAUGUUCUCUUACUUCUUAAAGAAGUCAACUGUGAAUUGAGAUAUAUGACAGUUAAGUGCCAGACUUAAUAUUACAGAAUGUAAAAGUCCAAAUCAAAUGAGAUAUGGUUUAUAUUCAUGGGUAAACUCACUGCACUUUUUUUUUGAAGCAAAGUGCCCAAAUGUGCAGUUUAAACUAUUCUAUUUUGAUGACAUAGGAUUUGAGUUUCUUUUAGCCAGCACAUUAAAUUUUUUAUUUAUUUUUAAAUCUUAUUUUCCUUUAAUUAGGUAGAAAGUAAAAAAAGAAAAAAAAAAACAAAACAAAACACAAAAAACCAAAAAAAUCAGGUUCUUAAGGUGAAAGGCCUGAAUUAUUGCUGUGUUUCAUUGCAGGAGGGCAUUGGUUUGAAUGUGAGUUUGGAGUUCUUUUUCACAUACAGAUGUCUCUGAAGAACUACCCACAUCUGAAUGAAGUUGGGGAAGACAUAACAUUCCCGCCUUUGUCAACUUGAGCUGUUUUACUUACCUGGUCUUACUGACGUACAUGGAUACCUCAGGGUGCUUUGUAAGCAGUCCUGCUUGCUUUGUGUGUAGGGCAUUUCCGUUUGCACUUCCUUAAGUUAUGAAUAUCCUAGCCGGGGACUCACCGGAACUCAGUGCCUCCCUUUGUUAAUGCUUAAUCAAUUUAAGUCAGCACAGUUGAGGCUUCACUGAAAUGUGUGAAACUGAAAGUGGGCCACAUACUACAAAGGCUAUGAAACUCCCAGGAGUUCUUGCUGAUCAAGAAAUGUCAGGAUUGAUCUCAAGAAUGCCAGGGGGAAAGUCAGCCUUGGUAGUGGGGAACCCGCUUUCAGGCUUGCUUUUAGCACUUCCCAGCCUGGCGAGUGAAUGAAAGACUAAAUGGGUAGCUAGGUCAGCCAAGGAAUGCAGCUUGGGCUGUCAUUGGAAAUGCUUGGGCCACAGCUUCCUUAUCGUGAAAUGUGGGUGCUGGGUUAGAUCUGGGAGGUCCUUCCCAGCUCUGGAGGGGGAUCACCUCCACGCACUGGGUGGUCUUCCCUGCACUUUCUGUGGCAGGUGCUGUUGAGCAGCUCAGCAGCGUGUUUCAACAGUGGUAAAUCUGGAAAAGAGAAGUGGUUGGAAAGUUCAGUGAGCUGACCUCACCUCACAUGUUAUUUCUAUGGGUGGAAAGUAUUUUAUUCACAGUGCUUUCAUUUUGACAGUUGUUGAGCCAACUUUUACUUCAAAAUGUUGAACUCUACAAGUAAUCUUUUGACUAAGAAUAUAAAUAUUUUCUAAACUCAUUAACUUGAGAAGCAAACCUUUGUUAAUUUUUUAAGCUAGUAUAAUACCAAUGUUUUAAUCCAGAAAUGAGAGGGUUAUAAUAAAAUCUCAAUUUUUGGUUUAGAUUUAUGAAAAAUACAUGUUCAAAGGAAAUAAAUCUGUUAGUCAUAAGAAAAGCUAUUUACAUGUUGAUUUGAUGAGUAAGAACUUUACAAAACUCUGAAUUUAAUGGCUUAGGAUUACCAUUCACAAUAUAAAGUUGCUAUAUAAUCUUAAAUAUUUUGCUUCUUGAAAUGAAAAGCUGUUGAUGGUUUCUACAAGUUGUUCAGCAGCCUUAAAGUUUAUCAAACAAUAAUCCAGAUUCCAUGUGUACUCUUUUUUUGACUCCUGGAUUUAAUUUUUUAAAGAAUUAAUAAUCUGUGAAUUUUUCUAGGGAUAUCUUCCUUACCUAUCUUUUCCUCUUGGCUACUCUACUUUAAAAUUUGUCUCAUUUCUAUUGACACAUGGUUUUUCUGUUUCAAUCAAUUUUUUGAAGUCCUUCCUAGCCCUGUGUCAUAUGGGAGAAGUAAAACUGUUCUAGAAAUACUUACUGGAAAUACUCUUGUUUUUAUAUCAUGACAGUUCCCAAAAGGGAAGCGAGGCUUUUAAAACUCCUUAAUUCUUGAUCUGCCGUUUGUCCUGUCUUGGUGAGUAUGCGUCAGCAGUCUUCUUGAAAGAAGUUUUGGGCUGCUGCUUUACUUAUCCAUAAUUUAGAAUGGUGAGGUUGCUGAUAUCUCACAGCCAUGUUCCUAACACAGAGGCUGUCUUGACAUUUUUAUUGGAACAUAGGCACAUUAAUUUCUAGAGAUAACUGUAAUUCUAUAAAAUAUAUUUUGAGUCCUUCCAAUAUUUUUUGUACCAAAGCUCUCUUUUGCUAUAGACAAUUAAGAGUUGACCAUUUAAGUUAGUUUACAUUCUUACUCACAGUUUCAGGAAAAUAUUUCUUGGGGACAGGAGUUUCUCAAUUUUAAAUAUCCACUAUGUUGUAUAGUACUCAGUCAAGUCUAUAAGUAGACUGAACAAAUAGGCAUUUUUCAUAGUCAAUGUUUAAAAACAUAAUCCAGUCACCAGAAGGAUCUCUGUAACUCAAAGUAACUUAUUUGUAAAAGAAAGUUUGUUUGUUCAACAGUAGGUGCCCGCAUAUUCACAAAAUGUAAAUCAGGCUUUUCUCGAUUGAAGACAGGAAUUGUUUUUAGAUUUUAUAGUCUUACUUGAUUAAGAUCUUGAUUUUCAUUAAUAAAAUUUUUAGUUUUUACUUGUUCUUUUGAAUUACUGUUUUAAGAAAAUAUCUGAAAUAAGCACAAAGAAUGUUGAAGUUCAUAUCUCUUUGAAUGAUGAAUUUUUUUCUGUGUAAUGAGCAGUUUCUAUCUUUUUUCCUUUUGUUAAUGGUAUUUGUAAUGUUGAUUAAGAAUGUAAAAUAAAAUGUCUGCUGAAUUAGUUUUA